CCUCGAUUCGGGGCUGUUGUUUCCGGUCCGCUCCCGGAAGUCGCGCAGUGGAGCCAAAUUUGAAGCUAGCGGAGGCGCGGGGGCGCGGCCACGAGGCUGAUCUGUCGCAUUUCCCCUGGCUACCUGAGACCCUUGAGUCCAUCCGUCAUGCCCAUCCGUGCGCUGUGCACCAUCUGCUCCGAUUUCUUCGACCAUUCCCGCGACGUGGCCGCCAUCCACUGCGGUCACACCUUCCACUUGCAGUGCCUGAUUCAGUGGUUCGAGACAGCACCAUGCCGGACCUGCCCGCAGUGCCGAAUCCAGGUCGGCAAAAGAACCAUUAUCAAUAAGCUCUUCUUUGACCUUGCUCCGGAGGAGGACAGUGUCUUGGAUGCGGAAUUCUUAAAGAAUGAACUGGACAAUGUCAGAGCCCAGCUUUCCCAAAAAGAGAAGGAGAAGCAGGACAGCCAGGUCAUCAUCGACUCUUUGCGGGACUUGCUGGAAGAGCGCAACGCCACUGUGGAAUCUCUGCAGAGUGCCUUGGGCAAGGCCGAGAUGCUGUGCUCCACACUCAAAAAGCAGAUGAAGUACUUGGAGCAACAGCAGGAUGAGACCAAACAAGCCCGGGACGAGGCCCGCCGACUCCGGAGCAAGAUGAAGACCAUGGAGCAGAUUGAUCUCCUACUCCAGAGCCAGCGGCCCGAGGUGGAGGAGAUGAUCCGAGACAUGGGCGCGGGACCGGCAGCGGUGGAGCAGCUGGCUGUGUACUGCGUGUCCCUCAAGAAGGAGUACGAGAAUCUGAAAGAGGCACGGAAGUCCUCGGGGGAGCUGGCUGACAAGCUGAGGAAGGACUUGUUCUCCUCCAGAAGCAAGUUGCAAGGCGUCUACUCUGAACUGGAUCAAGCCAAGUUAGAACUGAAGUCGGCCCAGAAGGACUUACAUAGCGCUGAGAAGGAAAUCGCGAGCCUGAAAAAGAAGCUAAAGAUGCUACAGGAAACUUUGAACCUGCCACCAGUGGCCAGCGAGACUGUCAGCCGCCUACUUUUAGAGAGCCCAGCUCCUGUGGAGAUGCAGAACCUGAAGCUCUGCCGGCCGCCCUUCGGUGACGAUAUUGACCUCAAUGCCACCUUUGAUGUGGAUACGCCCCCAGCCCGGCCCUCCAGCUCCCAGCGUAGCCACUCCAGGGAGCUCUCUUUGCAGAAGGCGCACUCUCCUGUUCAGGAUGUCCCCAAGAAGAUGCCCAAAGAGCCCAAACAGGAGCCCCAGCUGUCCCUGGGCGGCCAGCGCUGUGUAGGAGAGCCAGAUGAAGAGGUGGCUGACACCUUCCCCGUCUUCAUCCGGAAUGCCAUCCUGGGCCACAGACAACCCAAGAGGGCCAGGCCCGAGCCCUGUCGCAGCACCGAUGUGGUACGGACGGGCUACGACGGGCUUGGAGGCCGGACAAAGUUCAUCCAGCCUACAGACACGACUACCAUCCGCCCACUGCCCGUUAAGCCCAGAGCCAGGGCUAAGCAGAGAGGACAGGUGGGGACAGUGCGCGCUCUCACCCAGGCCAAGAUGGACACCUUCCUGUGGAGCCACAGAUUGGCUUUCCUAUCUCGCUGUGCCUUGUCUUUUGGAAGUCUACAUGAACACAAGACUCUACCUGUCCAUACUAUGAAGUGGAUGUCAUUACAGAGAACACACUAGAAGCUUUCACACGAACGACCUAACGACCCCUUGUGAAUGUACAAUUUAUGGAGAAGAUCUGUCCUGCUGAUUCUCUCUGUUGGAAAAUAAAUUUUGAAUGCUCCCCAACUAAAAAAAAAAAAGAAUCUCUUUUUCCUGGCUCUGGGAGCCUAAAUUUGUACCAAGUCCUUGGAAACUGGCAUGACUUUAAAGCAGGAACAUCACCUGGACUCAGAGCCAGCAGUUCCAUCCCCAAGAAUGUCAUGCCUUCCCACAAGGCACAGAGAAAAUAGCGAGAAUGAGGUCACUGCUGCUUUGUCCGUGGUCUCUAUCCUCAGCACCACCCUGCGGCCGGCCAUAAGCAAGACAGUGAUUGGUUAAAUCCAUUCAGGGAGGGUACUUAGAGCAGGCCCAACAGAUAACCAGUGACCAGCACCAUCCCCUUCCCCCGCCCCCUCACCUGACAGCAUCUUAGCCUGACUGCCUUCUUGUCCCCUAAACUUGCUCUCCCACUGCAGGAUGGGAGUUCACCUGUUUCCCCAGGGCUCUGCAUGGUGCACGGGGAGUGAGUGAAGCGAGGAUGCCAGUUGAGGGUAACCAUCAUCCUCCAGCAGGUCUAGAGGAGCCUGGGGCUCUGUGGGAAGGAGGGGACGCUCCUGGUGUGGGUGUUAGUCUGGAGCUGACUGGAGCCUAGAGGUUUAGUGAGAAGUACAACGUCAGGUUCAGGAAUGCUGGGGCUGGCUGCUAGCACCUUCCUUGCCAGCCAAGUGGUCUUAGGUAAGUAACAUAACCUCUGUGAUCACUUUUUUUUUUUAAGUUGCUAAUGGAUAUAAGUGCUUACUAGCUGGGGAGAAGGAAAACACAUCCUCAGUGGGGCUGACCACGCCCUAAUCCCUUCUCCAUUUCUCUAUCCUGUCGGGAUUUGGGGGGC